AUGAACGUCUCUGCUUCCGAGAAGGGCACCGGCAAGUCCAACAAGAUCACCAUCACCAACGACAAGGGUCGCCUGUCCAAGGAGGAGAUCGAGCGCAUGCUUGCUGAGGCUGAGAAGUACAAGGCUGAGGAUGAGGCCGAGGCUGGCCGUAUCCAGGCCAAGAACGGUCUCGAGUCCUACGCUUACUCCCUCAAGAACACCAUCACCGAGGGCAAGCUCCAGAUGUCCGACGAUGACAAGAAGAAGAUCGAGGACAAGAUCUCCGAGGUCAUCUCUUGGUUGGACAACAACCAGACCGCCGAGAAGGACGAGUACGAGUCCCAGCAGAAGGAGCUCGAGGCCAUUGCCAACCCCAUCAUGCAGGCCGCUUACGGUGCUGCCGGUGGUGCUCCCCCUCAGCAGCGCGCUGACGGCGAGACCGAGGAGAAGAAGGAUGAGGAGGAGCUUGACUAA